AUGGCUAUUAAUGGCAACGCGCACUCGCAAGAGUACCCCCCGCGAGCGGACUUGCGGAGGAUGAUGGACGAAUGCCCGCUCCCCGCACUGGUCCCGGGGUUGGUCGACUCGGAGUCGUUGGCUGGCAAUGCGGCGACUGAGCAGGCGAAUAUUGUAUUGAGCCGCUUCAAUGCUGCGUUGGCUAAUAAUGAUGCCGCGUCUCUCGAGGCCUGCUUCUAUGCUGAUCAGGCAUUUUGGAAAGACCAACUCGCACUGACGUACCAUUUGCGCACUUUCAAGACCCCAGGCGUAAUUGCAGCGAGUCUUCUAGAGACGGAGAAGCUGAGAAAUAUUUCGAAGGGAAUUGCUGUUGAUGGCGCAGCUGUGUUUCUCCCAGCUACCCCGGUCCUUCAAUUUAUUGACUGCCCGAUCGUGUUUCGAACUGAAUCUCCUGGCGCCACUUGCCGAGGCAAGAUCCUCUUCUUGCCUGUUAAGACCGAGCAUCAGGGCACAGAGACAAUUGAGUGGAAGAUCUGGAUCCUCAGCACUAGACUGGGAAACCUGGAUAUACAGGCUGAAGAUGAAAGCUUGCUUCACGCUGCUGCAAGACGAUUCGAUGAUCCUGAUUUCGAGACCGAUGUCUUCAUCAUCGGAGGCGGUAACGCUGCCGCUGCCCUGUCAGCUCGGCUGAAGGCCCUCGGUGUUGACAGUGUUAUGGCCGAGCGGAAUCCGAAGGCCGGCGACAACUGGGCGCUUCGGUACGACUGUAUGCGAUUCCAUCUCCCGACAUCCUUCUGUGAUCUGCCAUUCAUGUGUUACGACAAGGAAUUGCAAACACCUCACCUUCUUUCCCGAACUGACCUUGCGUCACAGGUUGUGCGAUACGUGGAGACCUUCAACCUCAACAUUAUCAACUCGGUGAAGAUUCAGUCAACGCACUAUGACCCGUCCACGCAAAGGUGGCGGAUCAAAUUCCAAGUGCCCGGUGGUCAACGUACUGCAGUCUCCAAGCAUCUUGUCUUGGCAACUGGUAUUGGGUCGCAGAAGCCCAACAUGCCACAGGUUGCGGACAGGAAUCUAUACCAGGGGAUCAGUGUCCACUCGGCACAAUAUCAGAAUGCAAAGCAACUGGUGGAGAAGGGUGCUAAGUCUGUCCUCGUGAUUGGAUCCGCCAACACAGCCUUCGACGUGCUUGAGGACUGCCACGCUGCGGGUCUUCAACCCACAAUGAAUGUCCGCUCUCCCACAUACAUUGUCCCUGUCGACUAUAUCUGCGACAAGAUGAGUCUUGGAGCAUACAACUUUGGAGUCGAGGCAGCCGACAAUCUUUUCUUGACAUUACCGGCAAGUGUAGAUGGCCAGCUCGCUCGCGGGCUGUUCGCGAUGUUCGCAUCCAAGGAGCCGAAGCGGUACGAGGCUUUGGAGGCAGCUGGAUUCCCUGUUUUUGACAGCAGUCAUCCCACCUCGGCCUUGAUGCAUAAUUUGCUCGAGAAGGCUGGUGGUCACUACGUCGAUGUGGGUGGUACCAAGCUACUUGCGGAAAGAAAAGCUGGUAUUAAGGCGGGAGUCGAGCCUGUCGCAUAUACUGCAACAGGUCUUAUUUUCUCGGACGGGAGCACUGUCGACGCAGAUGCUAUCGUGUGGUGCACUGGAUUCUCUGAUGGUAACCUCCGUGGCACCGCAGAGGAGAUCCUCGGUGGUAGCCAAUCCGAGGUCAGUGAAAUUGCACAUGGAAGCAAGCACCUACUCGGUCCCCACGAACUCGCCAAGCGUGUCGACGCGACUUGGGGAAUUGACGAUGAAGGUGAAAUUCGCGGUAUGUGGAAGCGUCACUUGCGCCUUGAUAGCUUUUGGGUGAUGGGUGGCUAUACUCAACAACACCGAUGGCACUCGCGCACCCUCGCGCUUCAGAUUAAGGCUGCACUGGCGGGAAUUUUGCCUCCAGCAUAUCGUGAUACUCCGUUGCCGCGAACCAAGUAA